AGCACCGAUAUGUAUUCGAUAGAAGUGAACGAUACAAACUCAGAAAUGACUGCGACGGAACUGAUGGAAGAAUUUGGAUACCAGACGACAAUAAAGAUAUUUGGAGCUAUAACAUGUUUCACCAUAAUACUGGGCAUCCCUGGAAACGUCUUCGCGUACAUGACUGCCUCGCGGUUCACCCAGAACUCCUCCGGACAGACCUUCAUCAAAUGUCUGGCUGUCAGUGACAUGAUUGCAGGUGUGCAAGAUGGAGUGCUGGAGUCUACUUUGCAUUUAAUCGGAUACGACAUCUUCAAAUAUCACCCUCUGUUGUGUCGGUGGCUGGGCUUCUUCACCUAUGCUUCAACUGUUUCGGCUGGCUAUGUUCUUUUGGCCACUGCAGUUGACAGAAUGAUUGCAAUCUGCCGGCCAAUCUGGUACAAGCAAAACUCAAAGCCAAUCAGAGCCGUCAUAACUACUAUAUUGAUAUGGAUUCUAAACAUCGUCGGCACAAUUCCGAUAUUUUUUGAGUAUGAUUUGGAAGGGAUGUAUUGUAACUACGUGUUUAUGAACCAGUGGGCUAUUCUUCGGGAAGAGUGGCAGUUUCAAGUGUACUACGAGUUCAUUUUUGUCGCUGGAUUCAUCACGCCUGGAGUGACUGUCUUGAUUGUCAAUUUGGUCAUCGUCUACAAAAUGCGUAACACUCAUAACAAACUGUCGAGAAGAGAAAAGGAAAGAACAGUGUGUUUGAUUGUGCUGUCUGUCUCUUUCCUCUUCUGCUUGGGUGGACUUGGGUUCCUGAAUCGUCUCAGCACAGUUUUGAGGGACUCGAAUCCCAGUGAAGCCAACCUCGUCAAUUACAUUAGAAAGUUUCCGGCUGUCUUCAAUAAUUCAAUGAAUUUCUACGCCUACUUUGCAACUAGCUCCUACUUCAGGAGGGUUUUCUUCCAGACGAUGGGACUAUCACCUGCGAACGUCGCCAGUAGAAACACCUGAGCAAAAAAAUUGAUAUAUACAACCAAAAUUGUCUAAUUUUCCAACAAAUAGGCGCUUGCUGAAAAUAAUUCCGUUUUAUACGGAGUAUAUUCAUAUUGGUUAAACUAUCAAUUAAAAAAGCCGUUGAUUUGAA